CAAUUUGAUUCGGUUUUGAAGGUCAGUGGUCGGUCGCAUGUCUGUCUUAGUAUACUUUAGUUUUUUUUUGUAAGACUUUGGCACAAUUACAGAAAGCCGAAGAGCUUUCUGCAAACACUUUGAAUCAUGAGGGUUGGUUUUUACGAAGUUCGAAAAAUCUUGGGUGGAAAAAAUGGUAAAAACCUGAUGAAUAAUAGGCAAUGCCUGAUCCACAUAAGUUUACAUUGAGAAAAUGAGGGUAUUCUGACUGCAUGAUAGGAUUUUUAUCAUUGUUUGAUCAAGACUACGGUAUUAUUAAGGCUAUUAUUUAACCAUCAUUCAAUCCUUCUUUCCACUUGCCCGAUUAUGGUGGUUAAUUGCUCAUUAUCUAACCGGGACUUGCCUAAAAUCUUCCCAUUAUAACUUUUAUUUGACCACUUUUUGCUCAUUUUCGUACAAAUUAAGUUCUUAGUUGUGUUUUAUUAGAAGUAACAUGAAUACCCAACAGUCACGAAUUUUCCUAGUGCACCUCACAUGACAGAAGAGUAACAAGGUUACAUUUCAAGACACUGAAAGUUACCGAGAAAAUGCAAUUGCACCGACGACUCUUGAAACGCUCAGCCAGCAAGUAACUAAGACCAGUCAAACUAGUUUAGUAUCAUGAAUCAAAUAUGAUUGAAGUGUUAUGAUAUUCACUGGAGUGUAAGUUAGAUCUUAAGUUUGUUUUGGGAAGGAUUGAAGGACAGGUUCGAGUUAGUUUAGCCUAAUAGGGGAGAUAUUGGAUUUGGUCCGAGCUAGACUUAGUUUUGCUUUAGGAUUUAGUUGAUAAAAUACUAGGGCUUCGGUGGAGUAUAGAAGAUAUGGAUGAACACAUAUAGAAUAUAGUAAACUUAUUUAUUGACACCAGUCAAGAGACAUUUUGAUCAUACGUCAGAGAAAGUUAACAUGUUUAAUAGUUUCAUACCAUUCACCCAUCGUUUCCUCAUAAGUAUAUAUAUAUAUAUAUAUAUAUAUAUAUAUAUAUAUAUAUAUACACGUAGAAACCACAGAUUUUAGUGACUGGUGCAUUUAAGGUCACUUCAGCUACCUUAUUUCGGUACCUAAAUUUCAGAUUCACUAUGUAGUAUCAUUGCUUCCUUGUGGCAUAAGCGGUAGUUGAAAAAGGUUAACCACCUACAAAUGUUUACAUCCGUAUGUAUCCCUUAUCGGUGGGAUCUAUCACUUCACUUUCAAAAGAGGUAUACGGUAAUAAUAACGUGUUUCUGACGUCUAGUAGCUUUCUUGAGACCCAUAAUAAUAUCACAGAGAUGCUUUUGCCAUUUCUCUUGUGCCUCCGCGGAGGAACUACCGAAGUUUUGUGAACAAAAUAACAUCCUUUCGCGCACCAGUAAACCUAUGGAAUUUUCCUGUAUGUCACCCUCCCAUUUCUAUUUGUUCUCCUGAAGUGGUUUCUUCACCUCCUAACUGUAUAACCAAUACUGUUGAGUGUAGCAAGCAGGAAGUCUGUUUGGCCGGCGCUACGAACUCCUUAACAAAAAUUUUACCGUCUCCAAAAUCUCUUAUCUGCCUGUGUGAGUUCGAGUAGAGUGCGUUAAUUAGUGUGAUGUAUUUUAUUGGCGCUCGCUUCACAGCCAAAAAUUUACAUAGUGCCUUUCAGUCUCCAGAGUUGAAUACCAGGUCAAGAAAUAUGGUAAUUGUUGGACGCGGAUAAGUAUUCUUAUGUCCCAAAAUCCGUCUAAGUGUAAGAUAUAGUCAUUACACCCUCUUCCAAGCCUAAAACUGGCCUGGCCUACUCGGGUUUGUCUCUCCACGUAAUCUACGCAUGACUGUUGAGCUUAGUACUUUCGAUACCACAUAAAUCAAGCUUAUCCCUCUUUGAUUAUCACAGGAGGGCUUGUCACUCUUCUUGCAUAUUGUGAUAGUUAACGACUAACACCAGCCCAACGGGAUUAUCUCUGACUCGCAGACAUUACCUAAUACCCUAGUUAACCCAGAUAGCAAUUUGUCAUCAGCGUCUUUAAACACCUCAGGAGCCCCUAGCACUCAGUAUUCUUUUGGAAUGUGAGUACAAACCGUAUUCGCAACGUACGUGGCCACUGGAAGGUGACAAAGGCGAAAAAAGUAAAGACUGUAGUCACUCAAAUCUCUGGUGUUAAUGGGUAAGCGUAAAACAUAAGAGUUCCAUUAGCUUGUUUGUGUAUAAUAAAUAGUGAGAACCAACUACAAAAUAUAGUGGCAGUAAGAACAACGGAUUCAUGUUCGUACCAGCAUUGCAUCCCUUUAACUGACCAACUACCUCACAUGCUAAGCGAUGCCUUCUCACUUUGUCUUUCACACUUCCGUUUGGGGAAAUUGUAAUUAUGUUUCUUGUGUUCAGUACAAGAUAUUUUUUAUGCUUUAACGCCCAUCAGUCAUAUUUCAGUAUAUCAUUUCAUGCAUUUUUCCAGAUAGUAAGUAGUUUUUGUUCUCAUUUAUUAGUUUUAGUCGUCAAUAACAUGGGAUACAUGGACCAUUUACCUCCUCUCCCUUCAUCCAUGUUUAUUAUGCAAAAUUCCAAACAUGUGAGUAUCAACAACGAUGGUAUUCAAAGAGUGAUGAACCUGUUAGUGGAAAGAUGUCGUGAUCACCCCCUGACUCCAGAGAAUUGGCUCAAGCAUGAAUUAACACCUAAUGCUGCAGAUGAUCAAGCUAUUGAAUGGAUAUUCGUGACAAGUUUGCUCAACUUCUCAUUUUGGAGUAACACUGACGCUCAAUUUGAGGUUUUAUAUAAAGGUAACGUGUACACGGGUUACUGGGCCCUAUGUGCAGCUGUUAAUCGAGCUAUGGAUGAGGGAAUAGAUAUUCUUAACCCAACCGUUUAUCAAAAUAUAUCGGAUGAACAAUUAAAACAUAUAUUUAGGUCAUGUACCACUGAAUCAAUCCCUUUGUUUCAUGAAAGAUUGGUUGCUUUACAAAAUGCGGGAAAAACUUUGCUGGAGAAUUUCAGUGGUGCAUUCAAGAAUGUUUUGAUCAAGUGUGACAAAUCGGCUUCAAAGUUGUUAACAUUACUGUGUGAUUACUUCCCUAAUUUCCGAGAUUACACAGUUUACAAAGGAAAAAAUGAUUUUGGUCGGUGA